AUGGGCGGCGGCGCAGCAGUAGCAGGUGGGGCGGGACAGCACGGCCCUAUUCCAGCUCAGCAGCAGAGAAAUUUCAGAAAAGUGGGCGUGGGAUCAGGCGUGCAGGUGGCAGCAGCGACGGGGCAGCCGCUGCUGGCGCCGGCGCCCAUGCAGCCCUUCGUGCCCUACCCGCACCCGCACGCGCACCCGGCGCAUGCAGCGCACGCGGCACACGCGGCCCACGCCGCACACGCAGCGCACGCCGCGCACGCUGCGCCACAGCCCGCGCUGCAGUACCAGCACAUGGUGCGAAUGUACCACGGCGGCGGCGGCGUGGCGCCGGGCGUAGGCGUGGGCGGGGGCGUUGGCGGCGGUGUGGGUGUUGGCGAGGGCGCGGCGUACGCUCCGCAGGCGCCGUCGCCCGCCGCCGCCUCCCCCCGCGCUCUACCCGCCCCCCUCACCCGCGCACACGCCGCACCCGCACCCUCACCCCCACCCGCACCACCACUACCAGCAGCCGCCCUUCCAGGUGCUGUGCCCGCUGAUGGGGCCGGGAGGCGCGGCGCACCACCACCACCACCACCACGUGGCCUACCUCAACCACGCGCCCCCCACCGCUUCGCCGCCCCACCACCCCCACCCCAUACAGCAAGUGCUGUUGCCGCCACAGCACCAGUCUUCGGGCGGGUCGAGCACGCCAGGCGUGCACUCCGCGCAUCCGUAACGGCCGCGUGGGCUCUCUCGCGCCCCCGCCCGCGCCCGCCCCGCACGCCCCACCCACCCCGCGCGCACAGGCACGCGCCCGCCGUGCUAAGCACCGCGUACGCACUCCUUAUCGCUCACAAUUUAAGGUCGCAUUUUCUCUGA